AUGCCCAUAUUUUCAAAAUCCAUAUAUAUGUAUAUUUCAGUUAAUGUGGAGUCCACUCCAUGCACUUUUGUCACUAAUGGACAACAAAUCACCUAUGGUGUCCGUGGGAACACAAUUCACUUUCGUGUUGUCUUGACUGGAAUCCCACCUACUGGAUCUGGAUGGACUGCUAUUGGAUUUGGAAACAGUAUGUUCUCUGGUCUUGACGUGAUUGUGGUUCGUGUUCUCAAUGGAAGAGUUAUUGUGACCGAUGAGUUUGUCCGUGGAUUCCAGUCUCCUGUGCCUGAUAGACAAAACAAUGUCCAAGUGUAUGGACUGCGUUAUGAAAAUGGUGUAGUGGUGGCUUCAUUCUCCAGAUCUGUGUUCUCAAAUGAACAAAUGGAUGCUAACCUCUCUGGAUGCUCACCAUGGAAGUUCUCGGUCGGAUUGAACCGCAUGAGUCCACAAGGUCACCUCUUCCAUCAUUCCCAAACACCAGUCCAUCGCGUCGUGUGCAUCAAUCAAUGCACCGUCUAA